AUGACCGCUCAACAGGGUCUGGAUACUCUUCCAUUUGAUGUGUUUUACCAGAUCGCGACCUCGCUGGACGAUCGUGAUUUUGUGAACCUCAGCCGCACCAAUCGUGCUCUCUAUUCUCUGUCGCAAAGCGAACAGAUUGCUCGCAAAACCGUCGAGAAUGUUUUACUUCAUAGCAAAGAAGGUCAGGCUGCCGUGGCGGCCCAGUCUGGGUUUCGUAAAGCUGUCGGGCAUCGGUUUGCUAUUCACGAGGCUGUCGCCACGGCAGAUCCAUAUUCAGUGGUCUGCUUAGGAUACGGAGCCGAAUUUCUUUAUAACCAAGGCUAUUUGUGUUAUCGCUCUGACCAUUGGAUUCGGUUGCUGUAUGUGCAUGGUACUGCGUUCAGGGAGCGUGUCAUGGACCUCCGCGAUGUCAUCCCUCGACUGCUGGAAACCGAUCCAGUAGGGCCAGAUGCAGCAGAUCGGGUUACCCUCUUGAGCUACAGCGAUGAUAUUCUCGUGUUCCGAGUGGCUGAGAUGAAUGCGACCGAGGACGCGUUGCUCGUAGUCAACAUGGCGUGGCGAGAAACCCACCAGAAACGGAGACGUUUGCUGCUCCAUGAAGCAAUCCCAGCAUCCGCACCAAUAUUUGUGCGACACAGUGGAUCCUAUAUUUGGUAUGGUACAUUUACCGCCGCCGAUGGUUCGGAUGGUGUGUGGUCUAUCACUGGUGUGGAUCUUGAAACGCAUGCCUGUAUUAACUUCCCUCUCGACCGAGUGGUCGAUGGCGAUCUUGGCCAAACGCUGUGUUUUGAGAUGCAUGAUGAACAUCUCUAUGCAGUUUCGACGCAGGUCGCCUCAGAUGACGAUGAAGUCCACUCAUCUUUCUACCAUUGGCUCUGUCAGGCCCCUCGCGAAGAAGGCCGCAAAUGGAACGGUCGCUUCUGGCGCCGAGAACACCAGGAAGGUCCCAUCAAUGAAAUGUGGACUGAUCUUUCAAUCCGUAAGGAUGAGACGACUGGCCGGCCAGUCAUACUUGAAUGUCGCCGCGAAUGGCGGGAUGGCAAGAGCGAAAACCACCGAACAUAUUACACACAGCGACUUCCCACACCAGAAGAAGCCCUAGCGCCUCUUUCAGGGGGCACCAUCGAAACUCCUUCCUGGGUUUCCAUGGAUUAUGAUCCUGAUAACGAAUACCCCUACGAUGAGCGACCUGCAAAGAGGUUGCGGCGGCAUUACCAUGCCGAGUACGAGUCUGGCGCUACAAAGCGGCAGGAGUUCAUCCCAGCUCGCACUAAACACAGAAGUUACCAUCUCGGUGCAUCUACCUUUGUCGACCUUGUCAACGACCCUGCCGGUGAUAAUUUGCGGUCUCGAGACCGAAUUCGGCUUCGUACGGUGUCACGCAAGCGCAAAUGUCCCAUUGACGAGGAGGGAAUUGAGGGACCUCGCAACCGCCUGUUUCAACCCACCCAGGUGGACCAAUAUGGCCGGCCCAUUGAAGGUUCUGAGGAACGCUUCGAGUGUCGUGGCGUGCAUAUGUGGCCUCCAGAUGACGCUCCGCCUGCAUUACAACAAUUACUCUGCCCAGGCCCACGCACUGGAUCUGUGAAAAGUAUCGCAGAUGAACGCUCAAUCAUCUAUUCCAUUGACGCUCCCGGACUUCCCCCAAAUCAACAAGCUCUUAUCCUCAUUAGCUUUGAUCCUCAUUUUCAAAUUCCUAUUACGACUCCUCUUCCUACUGCUACAUCUCGUGCAGAUCACCAGGAUCCCGGGGAUCUGUUCCCACCGACUCUAAAGCCACCACCCCCAUAUUACCCUUCACGCAACUUGGUGGAAGAAGCACCGCCCUUUUACAUGGGUAUCAAACGUGGGUACUAUCUACGUGGCAUAAGGGAUCGAUUUUGGAAGGCGAGCGCAUAA